CCCUCCCAGCGGGUUUCUAGAGUCCGGGAGAGGGGAGGCGGGUCUCCCGGGGGUCCGCUGCUGCAGACAUGGCGGCCUCCACCGCGGCUGGGAAACAGCGGAUUCCCAAAGUCGCCAAGGUGAAAAACAAAGCCCCGGCUGAAGUACAGAUAACUGCCAAACAACUCUUAAGAGAAGCUAAAGAAAGAGAACUUGAGCUGCUUCCACCUCCACCUCAGCAGAAGAUCACAGAUGAAGAAGAAUUAAAUGAUUACAAACUAAGGAAAAGGAAGACUUUUGAAGAUAACAUAAGAAAAAACAGGACUGUGAUUAGUAACUGGAUAAAAUACGCACAAUGGGAAGAAAGUCUGAAGGAGAUUCAAAAGGCUUGAUCCAUAUACGAGCGUGCUUUAGAUGUAGACUAUCGAAAUAUUACACUCUGGCUGAAAUAUGCAGAAAUGGAAAUGAAGAAUUGCCAGGUCAACCAUGCCCAAAAUAUCUGGGACUGGGCCAUAAUAAUGCUGCCGCAAGUCAACCAGUUCUGGUACAAGUACACAUACAUGGAGGAGAUGUUGGGAAGCAUUGCUGGCGCCCAGCAGGUGUUUGAGCGCUGGAUGGAGUUGCAGCCUGAGGAGCAAGCCUGGCAUUCCUAUAUCAACUUCGAGCUGAGAUACAGAGAGGUGGAUCGGGCCCGCACCAUUUAUGAAUGAUUUGUCCUCGUGCACCCUGAUAUUAAGAACUGGAUCAAGUAUUUCCUCUUUGAAGAAAAACAUGCUUAUUUUGCCCACGCAUGGAAAGUGUACGAGAGAGCUGUCGAAUUCUUUGGAGACAAACAUAUGGAUGAACACCUUUAUGUCGCCUUUGCCAAAUUUGAAGAAAAUCAGAAGUAAUUUGAAAGAGUAUGAGUGAUCUACAAGUAUGCGCUGGAUAGAAUUUCAAAACAAGAAGCCCAAGAACUCUUUAAAAAUUAUACCAUCUUUGAGAAGUUUGGUGACAGGCAGUGCAUUGAGGACAUCAUCAUGAGCAAAUGGAGAUUUCGGUAUGAGGAAGAAGUAAAAGCUAAUUCACACAAUUAUGAUUUAUGGUUUGAUUACUUGCACUUGGUGGAAAGCGAUGCAGAAGCUGAAACUGUAUGGGAAGUCUAUGAAAGAGCCAUUGCCAGUGUCCCACCCAUUCAGGAAAAAAGGCACUGGAAGCGCUACAUAUAUCUUUGGGUCAGCUCUUCUCUCUAUGAAGAGUUGGAGGCAAAGUUCACAUUUGCCAAAAUGUGGAUACUAUAUGCACGAUUUGAAAUAAGACAGAAAAAUUUAUCAUUUGCCCGAAAAGCUUUGGGAACUUCUAUAGGCAAAUGUCCAAAUAACAAGUUAUUUAAAGCUUACAUAGAAUUGGAGCUACAGCUUCGAGUAUUUGACAGAUGCCGGAAACUUUAUGAAAAGUUCCUCGAAUUUAGACCUGAAAAUUGUACCUCAUGGAUUAAAUUUGCAGAGUUAGAGACAAUCCUUGGCAAUGUUGAGAGAGCCCGGGCAAUAUACGAAUUAGCCAUCAGCCAGCCCCGCUUAGACACGCCAGAGGUGCUUUGGAAAUCAUAUGAUUUUGAAAUUGAGCAGGAAGAAACUGAACGAAAUCUUUACCGACGAUUGCUUCCAUGGACACAACAUGUCAAGGUAUGGAUGAGUUUUGCUCAGUCUGAGUUGUCUUCAGGGGAAGAAGGAAAUUUGGCUAAAUGCAGACAAAUUUAUGAAGAGGCUAAUAAAACCAUGCGAAAUGAAGAAAAGGGAAACAUACUGCUGGAAUCUUGGUGAAGCUUUGAAGAUGAAUUUGGGAGUACAGAUAAGGAGAGAGUAGACGAACUCAUGCCAGAGAAAGUCAAGAAGAGAGGAAAGGUCCAGGCUGAUGAUGGGUCUGAUACAGGCUGGGAAGAAUACUUUGAUUACAUCUUUCCAGAUACUGCUGCCACCCAACCUAACCUCAGGCUCCUGGCCAUGGCCAAACUUUGGAGGAAACAGCAAGAAAAAAAGGAAGAUGCUGAGCAAGAUCCAGAUAAGGACAUCAAUGAUAGUGAAUCCUGA